GUGUAAGAAACAUAAUUAUGUUUGUGAAUGUCUAACAUAAUCAUGGAAGUCAAAUUGAUCUUAGCUUUUCUAUUUGUUUCUUUUUUAAGUGUAAAUUGCUUCGAUUUAAUUGAAAGACGAAAUGGCGCUAUAAAUGCAAGUUAUUUGGAAGAAGUAAUAGAUGCGCAGGAGUGUGACCGGCAAGUAAAAGUAAUUAGAGAAAAUGCAUUGUUGUUACUCCAAUUUGCCGACGCCGGGCUAAGAACACCAAGAGGUAUACUCACUGGCAACACAAUAGACCUUGGAAACUACCAUCAAUGUUUAGGAAUAGAUCAUCAACUGGAAGAGAUGCACAUUCAGGGAAAGUACUGUUCGAUCGAAGUUCCUUUCGACCAACAGCUCCACCUACCAAGAUCUCAAGAUCUGGAAGGAUUGCCGUUCAAUCCAAACUCUUUACGAGUGGAUAAUGCUACUAUGAAAAUGAUGCAGCAAUAUGAUGUCAUGAGAAGACUGGUACGGGCCAUCGGUGGAGAUUUCAAUGGACUGGAUUUGGGAGCCAGAUCGUCACCAGAAAAUCCUCUAUCCACCUCAGUUUUUAGUCUGUCGGUGUGUGUACCAAAACCGUGUACUACGGAGCAAGCUAUUACGUCUUUAUUGUUCAACGUUUCUCAAAUUGGUUUCAAUUAUACGGAUGCCUACUGUCGGCUGCCCAACGACAAGCCUUGGGUUACUGCUGAUUUUGUGGCUGUAUCGUUCUUUGCUGUUCUUGGAGGUUUGACGUUAAUAAGCACCUGCUACGAUAUCGGGUAUCGAUUUGUAUUGAAUAAAGAUGUGAAGCAAAUGAGUGUGCUUUACAGAUCGUUUUCUGUAUAUACAAAUGGAGAAAUAUUAACGACGUUUAAGUCAGUUCCUGGGACUAUACAAUGUCUUGAUGGGAUCAGGACACUUGCUAUGUUGUGGGUCAUCGUCUGUCACUCGUUCAGUUCAGAACCUUUUGUAGCAAACCCAAUAGAUUUAUAUUCUGAUUGGUUAUUUUCUCCAAAAGCCUUAUGGAUAACUGCCGGGACUAUGACUGUUGACACAUUCUUCACCAUGGCUGGAGUUCUUUUGGUUUAUACGACUGUUGGAAAGAUGAAUCAAAUGACAUUUGUGAAAAACCUGCACUGGUUCUAUCUAAACCGUUUUAUGAGGGUGACACCAAUGCUGGGUAUUGCUGUACUACUCCAGGUUUCGUUCUACAACCAAAUUGCCGACGGACCCUACUGGGUGACGGUGGCUGAUCAGGUCGAGAGAUGUCGAGAGAACUGGUUGAUGACCAUGCUGCAUGUGCAAAACAUUGUGCAUCCAGAAAACAUGUGUCUCCCUCACUCCUGGUACAUUGCUAUUGACUUCCAACUUUACGUCAUCUCACCCUUCAUUCUCUUCUGGGUGUUUUCUGGCAAGAGUCGUACAGCCUGGUCCAGCUUGCUUGGAGGACUUCUAGUUGUGUUGAUAAUUUCAACUGGUUACUGCUUCUAUAUAGAUUUGCCGGGUGGAGCCUUAGUACCUAGUCGACUUCCCGAGUUCCAGAGGUACUACGAUUUAUAUUACUUCAACACACUUACCAGAGCUUCCCCAUUUUUCGUUGGCCUGGUGUUUGGCUAUUUACUCCACGUCUAUCGUAAAAAAAGAUUGAAUAUUCCUGUGUUUGUUGCCAUGAUCUAUUGGGCUUGCUCGGCUGGAAUAUUCGCGGGUAUCUUCUACUUCAAGUACAGAAUCAAACAAAACGAUUGGGACAAUCACUUUAUGGACAAUUUCAUGAACUCCUUUAUGAGACCAUGCUACGCUUGUGCUAUCUGCUGGUUGAUCAUUGCCUGCGUUCAUGGUUAUUCAGGUCCAAUAAAUUGGUUCCUUUCUCAUGAAUAUUGGAGAUUGCCGGCUCGUUUGUCAUACGGAAUGUACCUCUUCCACCAGCCUCUCAUGUUCACCCUAAAUGCUACGAUGGUAGUUCCCAUAUACUUCACUGUCGAACGUUACUUCUUCAAGUUCCUGGCCUACGUGGUGUGGGCAGUGGUGUAUUCCUUCGUCUUUACUCUAACAGUGGACACUCCAAUCAGCGUCCUCUUCAAGAUGUUAAUGGAUGCAGCGAAACCGAAACCUCCAGCUGUGAAGGCAGAUAAAAAAGUUGACGAAGAUAUUCCUGAGAAACUCAGAGAAGUAAAAUCUGAAGACAAUGUGCCGGAAGUUAUGAUAGUCGACACUAAAGAUGUGAAACCUAAAACAACUGAAAUACAUGAUGAACCUCAAACCAGUAAAAAUUUACAAAUAGAAAGUAAAAAAGAUCCAGGUGACGAGGUGGUUCGUAUUGAUGAUACUGGUAUUCUCAGAGAUACUAAGAAUUAAAUUAAGUGCAAAGUAUAUAUUAACGUAUGCAUUAGAGUGUAAGGAAUCGAAAUAUAAAUAAUGAGAGAAGUAAUGUACGAAGGAUAUUAGUGCAGCACUGGAUUUAACAUUAAUAAAAUGGAUUGCGACAAGAUUUUUUGUGUCUUGUAAAGGAGUUCUUUGUGAGGAUUGUAGGAAUCAACUACAUCUGAAUUCAAUGACUACAGCGAGGGAUAUGCUGUGGAAUCGAUCCCUGCAUGGAAGAACAUUAUCUGAUCUACAAAUACUCGUUUAUAAUCCAGGUAUAAUACAGGUGUUGCUUGAGAUUUGAAUGUUUGUGAAACCUUUGCGACCUCAGGAGAAAAUGACAUAACUAUGGAGCUGUUUCAAUGGAGAAGUCAUAAACGUUAUUCACGAUUUCAGAGAUUGAAAGUGUUAUCAAAGUCCAUGUUAUUUGGAGAAACAGUAGUAUCUAUAUUGUAAUCUGUGAUUUUAUUAUGAGUAACUGGUUGAUGAUUAAUAUAAGUUGUAAAUAAAGCAAUUGUGAUUAUAA